AUCUCCAACGUCGACUAACCCUACAGCGAGAACCUCUGUCAGUAUGUACCGCAUUUCCGAUGCCAUGUCCGGCUCGAAUAUUCUCUGCAAUAGCGCACCAAAGCUUAUGCGACACUGAGCUGGACAUUGGCCCUGCGAUCAGAAUAUCUGCUAACAUUAUGUCCUUUUAGAAAAUGGCUCCCUCCACCAAGACCGCCGGCAAGAAGUCUGCCGGAAAGACUGGCCGCAGCGCUAUCGCCGAUGUCGUCGCCCGCGAAUACACCAUCCACCUACACAAGCGCGUCCACGGCGUCAGCUUCAAGAAGAGGGCCCCUAGGGCUGUCAAGGAGAUCCGCGCUUUCGCCAAGCAGGCUAUGGGCACCAACGAUGUCCGCCUAGACCCCCAGCUCAACAAGAAGGUUUGGGAGUCCGGUAUCAAGGGCGUUCCUUUCCGCCUCCGUGUCCGCAUCUCGCGUAAGCGUAACGACGAGGAGGGCGCCAAGGAGAAGCUCUACUCGUACGUCCAGGCCGUCAACGUCAAGGACCCCAAGGGUCUCCACACCCAGAUCGUCGAGGACGCUUAGAUGGGGUUUGAGGAAUGUCGGGAAAGGAUGAUGUGCAUAAUCAAAAGCAUGGCGUUCCGGCGGGUUAUGCCCAGUAGCUACUAUUGAAAUCUAGAGCGAAAGGCUGGUGAAAUGAUACCUCAAUGACAGAUCAUGCCCCG